GCUCCCAUUCAACUCCCUUCUUGUCGCCGGUCCCACAAAAAUGAUAUUUUGACUACUUUGUUCUUUUCCACGAAGAGUUACCCUGUAUUAUCAGUUAGGAGUGAGGAAUAUAUAUGUCAAUAACCAUUUUGUGAUAAAAAGAAAAGGAACAGUACUUUUCUUUUCAUUGCCACAACCACUAACUGGUCUAGCGUUAGGUUCCAUAAGUCCAUCAUCCGGCCAUAACUUUCUCGAUUGGAGCUCCCAUGAGUUCAAACACAUGUCUAGCGAUUAGCAUGGAUAUAUAGUUCCACGCGAGAGUGAUUCGGGCGAUGCUCGUGAACCGGGGCUCGGAGGGGAAAGAUGGUUGUGGUGGUUGCCCUGGCGGCCGGUGUUCUGGGUGCUGUGACCAACAACGUGUUGGCGGUGGUCAUCAAACUUGCUGGUAAGGGCUACGAUUUUUGGUCGGGCUUUGAUAAUGACAUUGAAUCCAUCAGGAGAGAGCUUCUAUUGAUCGCCGGAGAUAUGGAGGACCAGCUUUCGGAAGAGGUCAAUUUGAGUGCCGUGACUGGCCUAUACAAGAAAGAGAUGCAUGAUCUAGCACUCGAAAUCGAGGACUUCCUCGAUCGGAUCCUACGGCACGUUGUUGAAAAAAAUUGCGGCCCCCUCCAUGAGGCCCUCGGAUUCCCGAACAAACUUCUGUUAGAAGCCAAGGCAAAAGAACUCAAAGAGAGGUUGAAGGAUGCGAAACUGCGGAAAAGCAACAACCACAACGGCAAUGUCCGCCAACCCUCGUCGGUAUCCCCAGCGAACACAUACAGCACAAAGGUCGGACCUGUGGGCAUCGACGAGUCCAAGCGAGAGAUUUGCGAGUGGGGGACGAAGGAUGUGGAGGGCGAGCCGGAGCAGCUGAGCGUGGUCUCCAUUGUCGGGUUCACUGGAUCUGGAAAGUCCACGCUCGCGAAGGCAGUAUAUAACUGCUCCGAGGUCACCAGCAGAUUCCGUCACAAAGCCUGGAUUGUGGCGUCGAAUCACAUGAGUGAUACUUCAGACCAAGAUUCCGCCGUCAUUAAGGGGAUCCUCAUGGAGUUACUUGAGAUGCUUGACAAGGGAGGCAAGAACUCUGACUUAGACGUUGAGCAGCUUCAGACCAAGAUCUCAGAGUAUCUGAAGAAAACUAAGAGGUACCUCAUUGUACUUGAUGACAUCAAGAAUCAAACGUGGUGGGACGGUAUCAAAUCUGCCUUCCCUGAAAAGGUGACAGGCAGACUGAUUGUGACAACAACAAUUCAGAGAGUAGCUAAAGCGUGCAGCCGUGGGAACGGUUAUGUGCACAAUAUGGAAGCUCUAGAUAACAACCAUUCCAAGGAGUUGCUGAAAGCUGUAUUGAAGGGGCGCUCACCUGAUUUGGAGAGGAGCUCAACGUCAAUCAUGAAUAAAUGUGAUGGCCACCCCCAUGCUCUUCUUACCAUGGCAAAUUAUUUACAGACUGAAGAUAGGAUCACAAAAUCAGUCUGUGAGAAACUCUGCAGCAACCUAGGUUUUUAUAUGGAACAAGAGGAUUCCUUCAAGGAGCUCCAAAAGGUUCUUAUGAGUACCUACAAAAGCCUUCCAAAAGGUUUUCUCAAUCUCAAGACCUGCUUACUCUAUAUUUGUGUGUUCCCAAAUGGUUGUAACAUCAGGAGGAGCAGAUUGAUAAGGCGAUGGUCUGCUGAAGGAUAUGUAAAGCAUGAUCAUUCACGCAGCACUCUAGUUGUUGCAGAAGAUACCUUCAAGAAACUAGUUGACCAUAGUACCAUUUGGCCAAUCGAUACAAGCAAGGAUGCAAACGUGAAGACUUGCAGAGCUUAUAGCAUCUUCCACGAGUUCCUGCUCUACGUGUCCAUGUCUGCUAAGUUCAUUACAUUUUUCGACAACAAAGAUAGAAGAGACUACCGCCACCUCCUUAUCCAGAACACAUCAAACAGCAAGUCUGGAGAUGAUGAAGAGAAAUCCCGUGCCCAUUCUCUGACAAUCAGUGGAAAUGCAGGUGAAGCUGUUGGGUAUUUUGCCAAAUGUCAGCUCUUGAGAGUUUUGGAUUUGGAAGAAUGCAAGGAUUUGGAGGACAGACAUCUAGAUGACAUACACAAGCUGUGGCAUCUGAAAUACUUGAGUGUCGGGGACAAAAUAAGUAGACUGCCGAAGCAUAUUGAUAAAUUGCAUUGCUUAGAGACCCUCGACAUGAGGAAAACAAAGAAAGUUAUCAUAUUGCCCGUGGAAGUCAUCAAGCUGCCCCACCUAGCUCAUCUGUUGGGAACUUUCAAUCUUGAUAAGUGGGACUGGGAGGAAAGUGAACCACAAAAUUAUGUGCCUGAAAAAACCAACCUGCAAACACUGGCAGGAUUUGUUACUGACAAUAAUCCCGGGUUUUUAAAGUUGAUGCGUUAUAUGAAGAUGUUGAGAAAGGUUAGGAUAAGGUACAACUCAACAAAAAAUGAGGACCUCCAUGACCUCUUGGUGGCUAUUGAAAACUUCGUGCGGGCUGACCUGGACACAGGUGUUGGCGUUCGUUCUCUGUCAUUAGAUAUUGAGAAAUUUUCAGUGAAGAUCCUGCGUUCUCUAGCAUAUGGUAAUCUCAAGUCCCUGAAACUACACGGAGCCCUGAACGGACUGUUGGUCCACUUUACCUCGACCUUGUCGAAUGUCAGCGAGUUGUGCCUUUGGUCGACUAAUGAACUGACGGAAAAAGAUCUAUCAGACCUGCGCAACCUCAGUUAUUUGGAGUGCCUCAGAUUGGGUGGAGUCAGUCUUGAAGGCUUGGUCAUCACCAGUGAGGAUUUCCCAGGACUGCUAUGCCUAUGCCUUGUGCAAUGUCCAAGCCUCCCCAAGAUUGAAGAAGGAGCUUUGCCGAAUCUCCUCUCACUUCGGCUUCUCAAUCAUGGUUUAAAUGGGCUAUCAGGCAUCGAAAUCAAAAGGCACAAACUUCUCCAGGAAGUUGCACUGGACUCUGAAAUAAAGCAGGAAACAAGAACUGAUUGGGAAGAUGCAGCUAAGAACCAUCCAAAGAGACCAAGAGUUUUGUAUCUGAAAAGGGUUGAUGUGAAUGACACAGGGUCUAUGGUGAAAUAUGUUGCCACCGAGAGGACAGUACCUAAGACUUGGUCCACCUUGCUAGGGAAACGGGCAAACUCAAGGAUCGAAUCAAAUUCAGUUGACAAACCUAGUUCUUCUGAUUCGAAACACUUAAAACGAGAAGACGACCAUUCUAUGAAGGAAGCAAUAGUAGCUGCUGACCCCUCUCCAGCGUCCACCGAGCUCUGCAGUUCUGCGAUGGACAUUGACAAUGACAUGCCACCUUCCUCAAGCGUGGUGUCCUGAAUCAUGGCUAGCGACAGCAUUCUGCACAGGGGGAGGUGAAGCACCAGGUUUCGGAGGGGCAUCUAGUGAAGCAAAGUUUCUGGUUCGACUUCCUGUAGGGGCGUGCAUGCCCCUCCAGUUCAUUUCAAAAAAAAAAAAAGUUUCUGGUUCGACCGCCAUUCGUGGUGUGCUAACUGCUCGCUUCAAGACAGAAGAGUACGCCACGCGAUCGUUGCGAAGACUAUCUUGCUCCGUUUGCUCUUUUCAUGUGGUUAUUUAUGAGAUUUGUUGAGCUGUUUUAUGUACCUGCUAAAAAUAAGUCCAUCAGAACCCGCCGAUGGCAGUCAUCUGUUUCAGCCUCGUCGUCGAUUCAGCGUUUUGCAUGUUUGCAGUGUACAAGACAAUGUUUCAUACGAUUGUCUGCUUGCUGUAGUCGUUGUCGUACUUGUACCGUAUCCCUGACUUGUGUUGCCUAAGCAAGCUUGGUCAUUUGUGCACUAUAUAUUCAGCUUGGAGGAAACGCUAAUCGACAAGCUAAGUAUUGCAUGAACUGGAGUUUGUUGGCAA